AUGUCGUCAUCGGGAAGCGAUCGUCAUCGAUCAAAAAGUCAUUCUCCUAGAAGUGAACGAUCUGACUCACGCAGCAAUACGCCACCUCGUCGCCGUAGCCGUUCAAGAUCAGUUGAUCAUGCCGCUGAGCAGCUCGGUCGAUUGCAUAUAUGUAACUUCGAUGAAAGCUUGAGAAAAGAUGAUCUGAAAGAUGCAUUCGGCAAAUUUGGUGACAUCGAUAAUGUUUGGUUAGCUUCAUAUCCACCGCUGUUUGCGUUUGUCACAUUCAAAGCGAAGGAAGAUGCUGCUGAUGCGCUGAAAGAGAUGAAUAAUGCGUACAUUGGAAGAAACAAGAUUAAGGUAGCUACAGCUCAUCCUCCAAGAAAACCAGGUGAACGAGGUCCAUCACGUCGCUAUGGUGGUGGCGGUUAUCGAGGAGGUGGUGGGCCACGUUCGUAUGGUGGAUAUGGCGGUAGAGGCGGUGGAUACGGCGGAGGAGGUUACGGAGGACGAUCAGGAGGUUCUCGUUCAUAUGGUGGGGGCGGUUAUCGAAGCAGUUACAGUGGCAGUGGGAAUGGUAGUGAUCGAAGGUAG